UUUAAUUGAAUCGCAGAACAGAACGGUAAGAACCAUGGCGGCGGUCCUGUUGGCGAGAUUGUACUUUCGCUGUCUCGUACGAUUUUCCGACCGAGAGUAUAAGCGCUGAAGGAAUAACUCUGUGGAAAUUGAAGCAGACAGAAAAAUGAGUCACUCCGGGGAAUCCAGCGAGUCCGAUGACGGCGGAGAUGACCAAGAAGGGUCUUCCUUCCCGGAACGAAACAUCGAGGAUGCUUUAACAUCUUUCAGGGAACAGUGGCAACGUGAAUUAGAAAUGUCGCCGAAACGCGAUCGGCCGAAGACCCAGUCAACCAAACCGGUUAAACUUGACGUUUCUAACGACGAAGAAUCUAUCGAGAACAAGGCAAAACACUUAUUUUUGAAAGGAAUCGAAUAUGAGGAAAGAAGAAAAUUCUAUGAAGCAAUUCAAUUUUAUAAACGUGCGGUAUUAUUAGUUCCUGAUAUUGAAUUUCGCCUAUAUGAAUCGACUAAACUGAAGUCGAACGACGAUCAUCAAGAAGGGUUCGAAGAAGAUAUAAAACGAAUCGAUGAUAAUACUGAAAAUUGUAAUGAAGAAAUCGAGGAAGAAAGCGAUUUAGUCGUCAAAUUAUCUAAAAUUGUAAAUCACAAUAAAUGUGUUUGUUUCCCGAAAUUCGAGCAGAAUACAACACAUAUUUCUGCCUUGCCUAUGGAAAUAGUACUGUACAUUCUAAGAUGGGUUGUAUCUUCAGAGCUUGACUUAAGGUCUCUCGAAAUGUGCUCCAGGGUAUGCCGUGGAUUUUACAUAUCUGCAAGAGAUACGGAGAUCUGGAGACUUGCCUGUGUUAGAGUAUGGGGUGUAAAUUGUGGAUCCUAUGCUCCAGAGUAUCAAUCGUGGAGAGAUAUGUAUUUAAAUCGGUCUAGAUUAAGAUACAAUGGUUGUUAUAUUAGUAAAACCAGUUACAUUCGCGACGGUGAAAAUAGUUUCCAAGAUCAAUUUUACAGACCUUGGCAUCUGGUGGAAUACUUCAGGUACCUGAGAUUUUUUCCCGAGGGAAGAGUUUUGAUGCUAACUUCAACCGACGAGGCCCAGAGCUGUGUGAACUCUUUAAAACAUCGUACUCCACGAAAUCCAUCGGUUCUUAUUGGUCAUUACAGAUUGCACGAUAAUUAUGUUACUUUAGUGCUUAAGAAACAGGAAGUAAAAGGAAUUACCUCAUAUAGAAAGAAGAAAAAAGAUGCAAUUCAUGAUAGUGGGGAACAAACAUUUCACAUCGAAUAUGAGAUUCAGGACCAUCACAGACGAUUAAAUUCGCAGUUGAAAUGGCUGAGUUAUACUAUAUUUACCAAAUAUAGAAAUGGUCACGAGGCAAAAAAUUGUCUGAAGGAACCCUCUGUAAGGGAAUGGCGGGUAUCGGCUAUCGGCGGGCGGUAUCCACCACUUAAAUUUAGCAGAGUCAAAAGUUACACCCAAGAAAGUGAAGCUCCUCUACAAUAACGUUAAAAAUUAAUUAUUUGGAUUAAAAGUACAACGUAACGGAACUGAAAUUUAAGAGAAGACUAAAUUCUUCAACAACUUUACAAACUUAUAUAAAUCAUCGAUGUACCUUGGAGUUACAUUCAUCUGCUUAUAAAAAUGUAAUAUAAAAACGUAGAAAUGAAGGUAGCAUUUAAUUUUUGAUUCAUUAUCGAAAUAAUUUUUACUAAUUUAUUAUACGUAUAUGUACAGUUUUCUCUUAAAUUCUAUAACUACAUUAGUUUUAAAAAACAUAUACAUAUAUGUAUAUGAAUGAUUCACAGAUUUAAUAUAUUGUUAUAUUAUGCACUUG